CAGUAGCACCGACUGCAAGAAGUGGGCUCGCAGCGGUUUCACAGAGGUCCCUGUCUCCUAUGGAGUCACUCAACACUUUUGAAUCUGAGAUGGAGGCUGAUGGACAGGGAAACUACUCUCUGUUUCCUGCUCUGGACAGUAUUGCAAGUCUGUCAGGGACCGCCGAGACACUGGAGAGCGAACCACCCAGUGAAAUCGCAGAGAAGCCAAACCUCACGUGGCUUGAUGCUGCACAGAUUGUCUUAGAAGAAGCUGGGCGUCCUAUGCACAUUAAGGAGAUUAAACAGAGAAUCAUCGACAGGGGACUUGUUCAAUCCAAUGCAAAGUCAAGCCUGGAGGCUGUAAUGUACCGUGAGACACAAAAAGGCAGCAGGAGAUUCAAGAGGAUUGAGAACAGAAACGGAGUCUUUGCACUGCUGACUGAUGAGGAGAGGCAGCAGGCCCUGCAGGCUUUCACUGCACAGUCUUUCCUUGGGUCUCCGCAGCAGAAUACCGUCUCCAGUUCUGGCUCAGGUGCUUCAGCGCCUGCCUUCCCAUCCCCAACCAGUUCCUCAGAGCAUAGGACCAAGAUGAAGAGAGGUCAACGAAAAAACCAUAACGAAAAGUACCGACUCAAGUACCUUAGACUACGCAAAGCUGCCCGCUCCAUGAUAUUUGAGAAUGCAGCCCUCUGUGAUGAAGUUGCUCACUUAGAGGAGAAGUUUUUGAGAGCAAAGGAGGAGCGGAGGUUUUUACUGAAGUCAUUGUUGCAGUACCAGUCUUUGUCAGAGGGGGAGAUACUGCCAACACCUAGCUCAAGCUCUCAUCCUCCUGUGCCGCCUGCAGCAUUAACCUCAGGUCCUGCAGGAGCUUCAGGCCUGUCUGGGGGCCAUAACCUGACAUCAGUGGUAUCAGCAGGGGAAGAGGGACCUCUUAAAAAACCCAAGAAGGAAAGGAAAGAGCGAGGCAGGGAAAAUGGGAAGGAGGAACUUCCAAAGAAGAUAUCUAAGAAGAGGAAACUAGCAGAUGGAUCUCGCAAACUGGUUCAGCCCAUCCCUCUGGACUCAUCUGGUCGUCCUGUCUUUCCCAUCGUACUGGGAGGUUUAACGGUCUACAGCCUGGGAGAGAUCAUCACAGACAGGAUGUUGUUCCAUGAUGAGUGCGCCAUCUACCCGGUGGGCUUCUGCAGCACUCGAGUCUUUGCCAGCAUGAAAAACCCCGACCAGCAGUGCCUCUACACCUGCCAAAUCAAGGAUGGAGGAGGAGGUCCACAGUUUGAGAUUGUGCCUGAAGAAGAUCCUCAGAAUGCCAUCGUGGCCUCCUCAGCACUCACAUGCCACUCAAAUCUGCUGAAGGCCAUCGCGUCUGUCAGUUCCAAGUCCAUGCCACCAAUUGUGCCAUCGGGAGCUGACUUCUUUGGCUUCUCACACCCCACCAUCCAGAAUCUCAUCCAGAGUUGUCCCGGAGCACGCAAAUGUAGCAACUACCGAUGGAUACGUUUUGAGGUGUGUCGCCCUGGUGAUGGCCAGGUUCCUCACAGCCUAUCAGAGGACGAUGCCUCAGUCAACUUUGAGGCCUACCAGAGACACCAGGGCUUUGAUGAGAACAUCAAGACGGAGCACAUAACAGGCUCUUUUGAUGAUGAUUUGACUUCAGCAUGAGGUUGUGGUAACACUGAAACGUGAUGAGAGACAUGCAGGAGACCAGGAUCCAGGGCAGGAGCAUGGGUCUCUGGCCUUCCACUCCAUAACGGCCCCCUGCUAGAGUCUCUGGUGCCCUCCUGUGGUACCUCUUCAGUGCACGUAGCUUCUUGAUUUUGAUGAGUGGUCUGACCUUACACUGUAGUGGUCACUGUGGUUUGAAUCUCAGUGGUUGUUCAGCAAUUACAGUUACUCAGCAUUUUGAUUGAAGCCUCUUUUUGGGGUGUUUUAUUUUUGGACUUGCAAUGUGUGAAGAUUAAAUUAUAGUUUCAACAGUGUACUGUAUCAUUUCUGAUACGUCUUUAGCAUCUGUGUAAUCUAAAUCAUCUAUUUACUGUAAACUGUUGCUGAUUCAUACUGUGGCUCACUGACACAUUGCCAUUAUACUGCAUUUCAUUUAUAUGUCAUUUUUGUCCAAAGAGACUUAAAGAUGUGUUCCAUGCUUUUGCUUGCCAAAAUGUUAUUACGGCUCUCAUGUUUCCUCAGUUUGUGGCCAAUAAGUGUGAUAAUACAGAAUGUGAAGCUGUUAUGGUUUGAGUGGGCGAUACUUAUUCGAUACUUAUUCGACCCCAUCACACACUACAAGUUUACAUGUGUGUAAAGGUGUGAAUGCAAAUAUUGUGUCCUCAAUACUUCUUGAGAUUUUAUCGCUCAGACCACAUUCAGAGGUGGUCUGGGCCAUAUUUGGCUACAAUCUAUCAGUAGUGUGUAUGCAAAUGUCUCCUGAGCCAUACUGAGGGACCUCUGACCUCUUUGCUUAGCUGACUCCCUGAUGCAAAACUUUCUGUUGCUGUAGUUGCACAGGUUAUGCCCGGGACACACUGACUGUGUGAGCAGCGCAUGAGCAUCGCGGAAGCUGUUGGGUUUUUUCGGCACUGAUGUUAACAGAUUAGAGCAGCCACGCUGCCUGAGUGAGCAGCGCAUGUCUCAGAUGCUUCACAGCUGUGGCACAUCUAGAGAAACAGAGGCUCACAGAUUUUUGUUCCAUGUCACAUGCACGGUUGUCAGCAGUAAUAGACAGUGAAAAUGGUGUUUGGAUAAUUAUAUUGACAUUAU